AUGAGCGUUAUGGAGGGUGCCAGCCAGGGUGGACACCACUUUACCCCUGAUCCGAAUUUGGCCGCCACUCUGAUUCAAGCCCAGUAUCGGGGUUACCGCACGCGGAAGUCCCUUGCGGCCAUGCAGCACCACGAGCUAGCGGAACUUCACGAACACGCCAUGCAGCACCACCACCCCCAG